AUGGGAAAUUCGCAUGGUGUACUUGGGGAGGGGGGUAUGAAGAAUAAUAGGAAAUCAAGAAAUAAUGGUAAAGAUGAGAAAAAAAAAUUGGAAUCUGCACCACCUCCAAUGGAAAUGAAGAGGAAAAGAAAGCAAAAGGGCCCACCACAAUAUGCAAGACUACCAACAGUGCUUCCAAAUGCAAAAUGCAGACUCAGAUUAUUAAAAUAUGAAAGGAUUAAGGAUUAUUUAAUGAUGGAACAAGAAUUUAUCACAAGUAUGGAGAGUGUAAAGCCAUCGGCAGAGACAGCAGAGGAGGAACACAAUAAGGUGGAUGAUUUAAGAGGGUCUCCAAUGAACAUUGGAACUUUGGAAGAGAUAAUAGAUGAAAAUCAUGCUAUAGUUUCAUCUUCGGUAGGAUCUGAAUACUAUGUAAAUAUUUUAUCGUUUGUAGAUAAGAACCAACUGGAGCCUGGAAGCUCAGUAUUAUUACAUAAUAAAGUAUACUCUGUUGUUGGUAUAAUGAAUGAUGAGGUGGAUCCUUUGGUUUCUGUAAUGAAGGUAGAUAAAGCUCCUUUAGAAAGUUAUGCAGAUAUUGGUGGCUUGGAACAACAAAUUCAAGAAAUAAAGGAAGCAGUAGAGAUUCCCUUAACACACCCUGAAUUAUAUGAUGAUAUUGGUAUUAAGCCUCCAAAGGGAGUAAUAUUGUAUGGUCCUCCAGGAACUGGGAAGACUCUUUUAGCUAAAGCUGUUGCAAAUGAAACUUCUGCAACAUUUCUUAGGGUAGUUGGAAGUGAGUUAAUUCAAAAAUAUUUAGGGGAUGGUCCAAAGCUUGUACGUGAAUUAUUCAGAGUUGCUGAGGAAAAUGCUCCAAGCAUUGUUUUUAUUGAUGAAAUUGAUGCAGUUGGUACUAAGAGACACGAUUCUCAAAGCGGAGGUGAGAGGGACAUUCAGAGAACUAUGCUUGAAUUACUUAAUCAAUUAGAUGGUUUUGAAGCAAGAGGAGACGUUAAAGUUAUUAUGGCAACUAAUAAAAUAGAGAGUUUAGAUCCAGCUCUUAUAAGACCAGGAAGAAUUGACAGAAAGAUUGAGCUUCCAAAUCCUGAUUGUAAAACCAAAAGAAGAAUCUUUCAAAUUCACACAAGCAAAAUGACUUUAUCCGAGGAUGUUGACUUGGAAGAAUUUAUUAUGGCAAAAGAUGAUAUCAGCGGAGCUGAUAUUAAGGCGAUUUGUACUGAAGCUGGUCUUCUAGCUCUUAGAGAAAGAAGGAUGAGGGUUACACAAGAAGAUCUUAGGAAAGCUAAAGAAAAAGCCUUGUAUAGAAAGAAGGGUGGAAUACCUGAAGGCUUAUAUCUAUAG